GGAAUUUGGAUCCACCAAAAACAAAGAAAACUGAAAAAUAUUCCAUUAAAAAACCCGUUGAUGUAAAAACACAAUUUUCUCGUCAAAAUUUUUAAAAAACCUCAAUCUUCAUGCAAAACUUAGAAAGAACCUCACUCAAAAUUCCGGUGCAAAGUGAUAAACGAAUUCAUAAUUUCUGGGUUUCGUGAACAAAAUUAAAUUGAUGGGGGUCGGAGGUAAGUUCUGGGACGCGCUAAAACCCUACGCUCGAUACGAGGGUUUCGAUUUUCUAAGGAACAAGAAAGUUGCUGUUGAUCUUUCCUUCUGGAUUGUUCAACAUGAAACUGCCCUUAAAUCUUCUGGAGUUAGAAAUCCCCAUCUUCGCCUCAUGUUUUUUCGCACAAUUAACCUUUUUUCUAAGUUUGGGGCAUAUCCUGUAUUUGUUGUGGAUGGGAAGCCAUCGCACUUGAAGUCUAAAGCAAGGAUUGCGCGGUUUUUUCGAUCAUCCGGGAUUGACCUGAAAGACGUGCCCGUUGCGGAAGAGGGUGUUUCGGUUGAUAGGAACAAGCUUUUUGUUAAAUGUGUGGAAGAGUGUGUGGAUCUUCUGGAGCUACUUGGGAUGCCUGUUCUUAGAGCUAGAGGUGAAGCUGAAGCACUUUGUGCUCAAUUGAACAGUGAAGGUUUUGUUGAUGCUUGCAUUACAUCUGACAGUGAUGCAUUCCUUUUUGGGGCUAAGUGUGUGAUAAAACACGUGGAUCCUAAAUCCAUGGGACCAUUUGAAUGCUAUUAUGUGGAAGACAUUGAAGUUGGUCUUGGCCUGGGAAGGAAACACUUGAUAGCUGUUUCUCUUCUAGUUGGUAGUGAUCAUAAUUUAAAUGGUGUCCAAGGAAUCGGGAUGGAAACAGCACUUCGCUUUGUCAAAAAAUUUAAUGAAGACGAGGUUUUACAAAGGUUAAAUGAGAUAGGUUCUGGUCCCAUGCUUCCAUCUGAUGCCAGUUUUAGUUCUCCUGGCAAAUGUUCAAGAAGCCCGGAUGUGUUCUUGCAGAAAUCUAAAGCUCCUCAUUGCUCUUUUUGUGGUCAUCCAGGCAACAAAACUCUACAUAGCAGAGUGCCUUGUGAGUAUUGUCAUAGCACCACAGGAACGAACUGUAGUAAAAAGUCUUUGAAGUUCAAAUGUGAAUGCUCUGGUUGUGAGAGGGUGCGAGAGGAAAAGGAACUUAAGAAGAAUGAAAAAUUUCACCUUAGAGUGUGCAAGAAGAUAGCCAUGGAGUGCAAUUUUCCCUGCAAUGAGAUCAUUGAGAUAUAUCUGACAAAUGAAGAUAAUGAUGACUUCAGUGCACGUUUAUUGUGGAAAGGACCGGAUAUUGAAAUGUUAAUUGAUUUUUUGGCUUGUCAUCUACAUUGGGAGCCAUCUUACAUUCGGCAGCACAUAUUCCCGAUGCUCUCCACCAUUUUCCUGAGAGAUAUGGCUUUGAAUCCUAGUGACAUUUUAUUGCAUGGACAAUACAAGUUUGACUCUAUUCAACGUGUAAAGAUUAGGUAUGGUCAUCAAUAUUAUGUGGUCAGGUGGGGGAAUUUUGCAUCAGUAAUGAGCGAUGUCAACUGUUCAGUAUCUUCUGAAGGAUAUUAUGUAGUAUCUGAUUCUGAAUCUGAAGAUACUCAAAUGGAUGGACCUUGCAAUGGUUUGGAUGAGUUGAAUGUCCCCCAAGUUCAAGUUGACAGCGGAUGCAGCUUUAUAUUGACAGAUGAAAAUUUGGAGCUAGUCCAAGCUGCUUUUCCAGCAGAAGUUGACAGCUUUUGGCAGCAGAAGGAAAUUAAAGAAUCUAAAAGAAGAAUGUCCAGACCUGGGGGAACAUGCAUAGAGUCUCCAUCUCCAAAUUCAGGCGGUGUUCAACUAGCAAUUACUGACUAUUAUCGUUCAAGCAAACUACUAAAUCAGGCUAAAGACAACCAUAAUUCAGCUCAAAAUGAAGAAACUGGAUGUUUGAAGGAAAAGAGAAAUGCUUCAAGUUCAAGCCUUCCUAAAUCUGUGAGACGCCGGCUUUUGUUUAGCUAAAUCCUUUGCCUGAAAGUUUGCGGACGUAACUUGUACAUUUUAACUUUCGUAAGUCCUUGGUAGCCAUGUAGGUUAAAUUCAAGCAUGUUUAAUCAGCUUGUACAUUUAACUUUUGUAAGUCCUCGGUAGCCAUGUAGGUUAAAUUCAAGCAUGUUUAAUCAGCUUUGUGAUAAUUGAUUGAGCUGAUCUGAUGGAAGCUAGUCACUAUUCCCACUAAUAUUUUUUUCUUCUUCCUA